GCUUGCGGCUGGGACAAUGGGAAGCUAGAGAUAACAGCUCAGAGUAAAGCUGGCCAGAGCCCAAAGGAUGAUUCCAAGUACCCAGCUAAGGGAGCUGGGCAGAGAGAAGGGAUGUUGGCCGGACAUGCUAGAUACAGCAAAUGGGGCCUGGAGGAGUUCACACUGCAAGCUGGGACCCCAGCCAGGGGAGGGCAUCAGGGAUGUGGUGUGGUCUUAGAGAGGAGCGAGCCCAGGGAGACCCUCUCCUCUCUUAAGCUUUGAGUGGCAAGAGAUCUGCUUAGAAGGUGAUGGGCUCUUACCUGUGGUUCCUGUAAGAGUUUGACUACCUUCUUGAAUUAUAGCUGAGUCUCUCAGGAUUCUAAAGCUCUCCAGACCCUGUUUUCUUCUCAGACUAAAGCUCGUGGGGGUGUUCCUGGAGCUUUCUCCCAGGGCUUCAUCUUCAUGCCUUUUGCUUGUACCUGGGUCCCACAAAGGACGUUUGUGGGAUGGAGAUCUUUGGGACAGGUUGAGGAGUCCCAGAGGUAAGAAGGCAGUGUUGUUUCUAGGGCUCUGCCUCAGCUUUGGGGCUGAGCUCAGGCCUCUCGUCCGCCUGCUUGAGCACCUGCUCUGUGGCAGGCCUUGGCCUGGUUGCUGAGGACACAGAUACACAAGAGGGAUGCUAAGGAGAGGUGGGGGAGAUGGCUAACUCAGCUUGGCAGUGCGGUGGAAGUGGUGUUAGGAGACUGUUGGAAGUGAGGCCUGAUAUUGAUAAGGCAGGGAAGGCUUAUGGGAAUAGCAUGGGCCAAAGCUUGGACGUGAAAAUGGAUGUGGUUCCUUGUGGCUCAGGUGCUGGGCCAGGGGAGGGAAGUGGAUGGUGCGUAGAGGCCAAAGCAUGAAGGGACUACGGUGCUGGGCUAACGAGUGUGGGUUUUAGCCUGAGAUGAACUUUGAUCCUGAGAGCGAGAGGGCGCCGGGAGAGACUGCCCAAGGGCAGUCACAUGACUGAGCGCUAGUCCACCCUCUGCAGGCCCUUUGGAACACAUUCGUUACUGCCCCCGUCAAAGGCUUGCCACGCAGUGAGGACAUGGCACAUUUUGUUGUUGCCUUUUGCCACCUUCUCAAACACAGUGUCCAAAGCGGAUUGUAUUUUCUUCUCCUUUCCUCAUCCCUUCUUCCUAUCACCCACUUCUGUCUGGUCCCCACUCCUCCCAUCUCCUUGCCUGGCCUUUCUCGGCGCAUGCGUUCAUCUCCCAGCUGCCAGUCUGCCCAUGGCUUGUUGGUUGUGGGUACCAGCUGGCACUCAGAUGGCUCACAAGAUGUCAGUGCUGUCAAAUGCCCAGGGCACAGAGUUUCCUGCAGGGUGCCCUCUUCCUCUGCCCCAGACGCGAGAGGAAGGAAAACCAGGUAAAAUACGGAAACCAGCGAUAAGAAAAUGCGUGCGAUUCUGUUAGCUCCACCAGCUAGGCCCAAGCAUGGUUCAGUAUUGCAACCGAGGUGACUAAAUCUGCUACCAGCACUUCUUCUCGCCCUCCGCUCUCUAAGUUAUUUCGUUUAUAUUUCAAAUAGGUUCUAUAUGCUCCCGGUACAACAUUCAAAAGUUGCAAAAGGCAUGCAGUGCAAACUCCGUGUUGGAGCGCUGCCGUGCUGGGCUCUGGGAUGACACCCCUUUAUUUCUGCAUUCCCUUUCUGGAUGUUACAGUAGCAGUUUACAACGACAUCUGUAAGUUGGCGCCUUUCAAGUGCAUUCAGCCUGUUCUGAUUUUUCUGAAUCUCAAGCACUGGCAUUUCUAGUAGAUGUCGAGUAGGUGUCUGGAAUGGAGUAUGUACAAAUCAAACCCAAAUCAGAGGUAAGCACUUGGCUCUUCUCCCAGCCCUAACCACUUUUGGCCCUAGUCUCUUCACUUUUUUCGAUAAUGGUCCUACCAUUCACCAAGUGCUCUAGUCCCAUCUUUAAAUGCCAUCUGUCACCUUUGACUAUUUCUCUCUCUCAUCCCAAAAGGGCUUGUUAACUCUUCCUCUAGCACAUGCCCUGACUUUGUCUACUUUUCUCCCUUCUCUCUCAGCAUCCCUUGCCCCAGCUUUCUCCUGGGCCGCCACAGGAGCCUCCCACACGGGCUCCCUGUAGCCAAUCUGCUUCCCGAGCAGUCUGGCCAGCGCAAGUUUCCUUCCAUGCUGAUUGAUGCUGAUUGACAGGGGUCCGAGGGCUGUGUUGGCUAUUGGAAAAGGUGGAGUAUCGAUGGGCAUCUUCAGGCUGCAAGCUCCACUCUAGAGCUUUGCCCUGGCCGCCUUGUGCAGACCAUUCUGAAGAAACCCAGCCCACUCUUUCUGGGAUGUGCUCUGAAUCCAUCUGCCUCCCAUUCCAGGAUCCUCCAGGCCGUUUCCAUCUCCUUCACGUCUCUUUAUUGGCUCUCCUGGUUUCUCAAGACUGCUUCGGUCCAGUUCCUCCCACGGUUUUUGAUCCCGCUUUAACCUCUUGAUGGGCUACGCUGUUUGGACUCGUGCACUUGGCUUCCACCUUGGGCUCUUAUGGGCCUGGCUUCAGGUGCCCUUUCUCUGAUCCCAUCACAAGUAUGAAGGGUGCAGCACCCCUGAAUUUUCCCUGCUCCCCAUGGGAAUAACCCUCCCCUUAAGGGAAGGGUACUGAAUGUGCACAUUACACGCUUUAGGGAAGGAGCACACCAGAGAGGUCAUGUCCACGAAACUUUAUGUUAGACUAACGGUAAGCAACAGUUGAAGCAGGGUCUCUUCCUCCUAGACUGUCUCGCAAGGAAAUGGACUGCCUCAUGAGCGUCAGCACCCGCCCACAGGGUUCAUUCAUCCUCCCUAAGAGACUGGCUGGAUGAAAGCACUUGUGAGGCUAUUUAUGGUCCAUAGAGCUUGGCACUGAAGCCGCAGGGCAUCUGCUUUGGAUUCCUGCCCUGUGGUCUCUGAGCAACCAGGCUGCCUCAGGAGCUUCUACUUCACACCCAUUCCUUAACCCAAGCUUGCACGGGACAGAGCAGUUCCAGGCAGAGAGCGACAGGAUCCUGGCACCUCUCAAAGCUUCCUUCCAGCCUGCUGGACGCCAGUGCCUGGGCUGGCUUGUGCCAAGACAGGCGUUCAGGGGAGAAGCAGGUCUGGAGGGUGGUCCCAGAACAGGGCUUGGAGGUAUGUCUAGGUUAGAACAAGGAUGUAAGUCGUGGUGAAAACAAGCGCCUAGUUUAUUGGGUCACUCUGAAACCAUCUGCCGAGAUCAGGGAAGCCAUGUGUGGUGCUCCCCCCUCCUACGGUGGCUGCUGGCUGCGGAGGGCUUUGAUGGCUACAGGGGUGGAGGGGAAACCGGAAGCCCCAGGGAUUGUGUUCACUGCAGACUCACAAGGCUGGGAGGCUCAAGAGCUGGAGUCAGCUGAGCUGGAUUUCAUGUGAGGAAGAGACAUGGGAGGACAGCCUGCGGAAGGAGGAACUGAUGAUCUUUGGGCUCCUGGAGAGCAGAGCACUAGAAGGGAGGUCUUGAUGUUAUAAAGGGCAGAGCUAGACUGAUUCACUUAUUUAUUCCUUCUCAGCAAGCAGUCAGCAGGAAGGUCUGCACUUCCUGCGAGGUUGUGUGUGUGUGUUUGUGUGACAAAAAUCAGGCAAGGCCCCCAUUGUCAGGUUACACCGUGUCCGGAGGUUGCCAUGGAGGUAGCUGACCAGGGGCUUGAGAGCCGAGGCUGGAGAAGCAUUUGGAAGGGAGCUGGUGUGGAGGAAAGGUUGAUGGCGGCAGAGGGAAGGAAGGCUUUGGCCUGGAGACCUUUAAGAGGUUUUCCAACCCAAAAGGAGAGCCCGGGUUCUCACUCCUGGAGAGCCUGGUGGGGCAUGAGGCAGUUUGAGAAGACGGGAGACGGCUCUGUUCAGGAAUGCGGAGGAGGAGGGUCAGAUAGGAUGGUGGCCAGGCAGGGCCCGGAUGUCUGCUGGGCUCUGGUUUGGGUGAAGGAACCCCAGUCCUGGUUGAAGAUGAGGGGUGACCCAGAAAGGGCAGUGGUGAAUACCAGAAAUGGCUGUCGAGGCAGCAGGGACCCAGAGCUCGGAGAGACCUUGGCCGAGCCCAGAGCCUAGAGAACAGGGGUGGGGGGCUGUCUUGCUCUGGCCCCACAGGCCCUGCCAGUUGUGGUUUAGAUGCACCCCUGCUGUCUCCUGUGCCCCCCGCUUUCACCUCAGGGUUUGCAGGAUGAGUGUCAGUACCUCCUUCAGCCGCAGCUCAUCAUCCGGCGCUUGCUGGACGUGGCUGUGUUGGUCCCUGGCCGCCCCUCGGAGCAGACCCUCUGCCCCCACAAUCGGUCCGCACUGUUCAAGGUCUUUGUGCCCAGCUUCACUUACAGGGUUUCAGCACAGCUGGUGUGUGUGGGGGCCCGGGGGGCAUUCGCCUGCCCCCUGACCCUGCGUCUACGUCCCAAGGCCCCACCCCUGCAUAACUCCAGCUCAGUGACUUGUGGAGGUGCCUCAGCAUGCCAGCUGGAGCUGCCACUGCCCCCCUGGGGGCACUGGGUCUACGUGCGUGUGGAGAUGCCCUCCCGGGGCCCCAGCAGGACCAUUCGCUUCCAGCUGUGUGUGCGGUUGCAAGAGUGUCCGCAGCCCAGCCUGUCCCGCGCCCUGGUCCCUGGAGCUGCCAUGAACAUGCCCCAGUCGCUGGGCAACCAGCCAUUGCCCCCAGAGCCUCCCUCCCUUGGGACCCACACAGAGGGGGCUGGGGCCACGUCCCCGCCCGAGCAUUGCUGGCCAGUGCGCCCGACACUGCGCAAUGAGCUGGAUACCUUCUCGGUCCACUUCUACAUCUUCUUUGGCCCCAGUGUGGCGCUUCCCCCGGAGCGCCCAGCCGUGUUCGCCUUGAGGCUGCUGCCUGUGCUGGACAGUGGAGGCGUCCUCAGUCUGGAGCUCCAGCUCAACGUGAGCUCCCUGCACCAGGAAAAUGUGACCGUAUUUGGAUGCCUGACUCAUGAGGUGCCUUUGAGCCUGGGAGAUGCAGCAGUGACCUGUUCCAAAGAGACCCUGGCCGGCUUUCUCCUCUCUGUCAGUGCCACUUCCAGAGUGGCCAGGUUGCGCGUGCCCUUCCCGCAGACAGGGACCUGGUUCCUGACCCUCCGCUCUCUGUGCGGGGUGGGGCCUCGGUUCGUGCGGUGCCGGAACGCGACGGCGGAGGUGCGGCUGCGCACCUUCCUGUCCCCGUGUGUGGACGACUGCGGGCCCUAUGGGCAGUGCAAGCUGCUGCGCACGCACAACUACCUGUAUGCGGCCUGCGAGUGCAAGGCCGGGUGGCGGGGCUGGGGCUGCACGGACAGUGCCGACGCGCUCACCUAUGGAUUCCAGCUGCUGUCCACCCUCCUGCUCUGCCUGAGCAACCUCAUGUUUUUGCCACCCGUCGUCCUGGCUGUCCGGAGUCGCUACGUGCUGGAAGCCGCCGUCUACGUGUUCACCAUGUUCUUCUCCACGUUCUACCAUGCCUGCGAUCAGCCAGGCAUCGUGGUUUUCUGCAUCAUGGACUACGAUGUGCUGCAGUUCUGUGAUUUCCUGGGCUCCCUCAUGUCCGUGUGGGUCACGGUCAUCGCCAUGGCACGCUUACAGCCUGUGGUCAAGCAGGUGCUGUACUUGCUGGGGGCCAUGCUGCUCUCCAUGGCUCUGCAGCUGGACCGCCAUGGACUCUGGAACCUGCUGGGACCCAGUCUCUUCGCCCUGGGCAUCUUGGCCACAGCUUGGACAGUACGCAGCGUCCGCCGCCGGCAUUGCUAUCCGCCCACGUGGCGCCGCUGGCUCUUCUUCCUGUGUCCAGGCAGCCUCAUCGCCGGCAGCGCUGUUCUACUCUACGCUUUUGUGGAAACCCAGGACAACUACUUCUACAUCCACAGCAUUUGGCAUAUGCUCAUCGCCGGUAGCGUGGGCUUCUUGCUGCCCCCUCGUGCCAAGACUGACCACCGGGCCCCACCGGGAGUCCGGGCCCGGGGCUGUGGGUACCAGUUGUGCAUCAAUGAGCAGGAGGAGCUGGGCCUUGUGGGUCCAGGAGGGGCUGCGGUUAGUAGCAUCUGCGCCAGCUGAGAGGGGCUUUGGGCCUGGCCCUUUGGGAACCUGAACCCUUCCCAGGGCAGAGAGCCCUGCCCCAGAGUUGAGAGACAAGCUGUAUUUCUCGAGGACAUGGGAAUCUUUCUUGAGGAUGUGGACUUCUUCCAGGGACCCAGAGUCUGCCCCAGGGACAUAGCGCACGUCCUGAGGGCCUGCGGUCCUUCUGCAUCCAUAGGGUUGGCCUGAAGGACUGGAUCCUGUGCAGGGACACAGAGCCCCUCAGAAUCUGGGAGCCCCUCCUAGAGGCAUGGAGCCCUCUAGAGGAUGUAGAUUCCUAUCUUGGAAGACAGAGCUCUCCCAGGAACAUGGCUUCCUUCCUGCGGACAUGAAGUCUAUCUUGGGGAAACUCAGUCUGCGGAUCUUCCUCGUAGUUCACCCACUCUGGCCGGCCUCUCCCUCCUCAGAGGCCGCACCUGGCUGUGCUGCUCAGUAGAGUGGGGAGCGCUGGGAGAUGAGGAGUGCUGGCAGCCUGAGAUGAUGGAGAUGGAGUCUGGUGUGUCUCCAAUGAAGUAUCUGCGGGUUCUGCUGCCUUUUGUUGGGGGCCAGUGGGGUGACAGGGAGGGGAAGAGGGACCUUGAUGAAGUCUUCAGGAGCUGUGGCAGCCCAGCCCGAAGGAGCUGCAGGCGCUCUGACCUCUGAUCCCACCGUGCACAUGUUACCCCUCCCAUCUGGUCCCUGCAAAUACCCGAAAAUGCCUGCUCUUGCCAGGCACUGGGCUAGGUUGAAGGAAGGCCAGGCUGCAGUAGCUGGAAGCGUGUGAGUGUGUGUGUGUGUG